UAACAUGCGCGGGAGAAAGGGAGCAGGGGAUACCUCUUGCCUGUGGAGCGAAAGCAACCACGACAGCGUCAGUUCGAGGCGACGGGUUCCUUCACAGCACCCCCCUCUCCUCUCCUUGCUCUCUCUCUCUAUCUCUGUCUCUCUCUUAUAGGCGUCCAGCGUUCUCGCUCUGCUCAGUUAGUUAGGGAUACACGCUCAGCCACUGGAGCGCAAGAAAAGCUUUGCGGAAUAAAGACAAAAGGAGGAUGGAAAUGUUCACAUGAAACAGCUUUGUUACCCUCCCACCCCCAUCUGCCCAUCAACUGACUCCAUUCUUCAACUUGACAUCAUCCUUCCUCACAGACGAGAAGAAGAAGAGGAAGAGGAGGAGAAGCAGAGGUGGGGAGGCAAACAAAACAGACAGAGGAAAAGAGGAGGAAGAGCGGCGAGGAGGUGGGCAGCACAGUUUCAGCUCUCACAAGGCUGAGGAGGAGAAAGUGACGGCAGCUAGAACUUGGCCACUAGUGAGAUGAAAUUCGGGGAGGAGACGCUGGAGGAGCGCUGCAGGGUACGACAUCCAACGAGAGCCCUAAAAUUGGACGAGCCUGCCCUCUCUGGAUCCUGUGCACCUCCACAGCCGAAGGAUGAGAGGGGUCGACUUUCACCUUAGUUGCCAGGGAUGUCUGUGCACUACGGAAAGGCGUCCCCCUCCAGCAUGUCCAAUGCUAUAUUAUUCCUGAUGCUUUGCAAGAUCCCAGUUAUGACGGGAGCCUUCAUGGACUCCUCGCCCAACGACGACUACAGCGGCGAGCACUCGCUCUUCAACUCCUCGGCCAGCGUCCACGCCGCCGCCUCUGCCGCCUCGGUACACGGCCAGCAGGACGAGUCGCAGUCCAUGUCCAGCGAUGCCAUCUGGCUCUGGAUCGCCAUCAUCGCCACCAUUGGAAACAUUGUGGUGGUUGGCGUUGUCUACGCCUGCACUUUCUGAUGAACAUAUGCUUACAAAGACAAACACACACACAUCCUGCUUUUUCUCUGGACCGUGAGCGAGGCCACGCUUUGUAGACAGACACUCUCUCUCUAUGUCUCUCUCUCUUUCUCUCUCUCUCUCUCUCUCUCGCACUUGGCUUUUGGAUCAGUUUGAGCCCCUAAGGGUGUGGAAGUUGUGACACUAGACAAUGACAUAUAGACUACUAUAUUUCUUCAUCAGAGGGGAAGACUGGGACUUUGCUGCAGAGCAUUUUUGGAUGCUACAACUGGAAGUUUGAAAAGAAGCUCCUGUGUUCGACGGCUCUUUAGUUAAAAACAGAAACCGGCGCUCUCAUCCAAGAAUCAAAGGAACGUGUUUCUUUUUUUUCAGCUUAAGUUUGUUUCCAUGUUUCUCCUCAGACAACACCCUCAUUAUAAUGCGGAGAUGAGAAUGGAGAUUAAAUGGGGCUUAAAAUUCAGGUUGAUCCAGGCCAUCUUAAACAUCCACCAGAUAGCUGCUUAGCAAUUUAGGGCACUGCUGUUUAAUUAUGCGGCUGAACAGAGACGGUGGGUGUUAAAACAUUUAGAAAGCGCUGGGAUUAUGUUCAUGCCAUGGAGGCAGCCCUGAGGCCCUAGCUCAUUUAAGGACUAAUUUGUGGAUGCAACAUAUAUAAAAAACAAACAUGUAUAUAGUAUCUAAACAGGACAGGAAACAAAGAAACACAUUAAAAUCUGCAAUGCAAUGCUAACUCAAUUAUACACAAUGAAUGGCUUUAUGAUUAGAUGAGUGGUGUAAAACUAAGUCAAACUCUUUGAAAUGAAUGUUCUUAUUGUUCAAUAUUUACAGUAAUAUUCACCAGGGAUUAUUAGAAAAUCUAAUUGUAUCGUCAUGGUCUGUUCAGUCAUGUUUAGAUAUUAUCUACAGAUGUUAACAAAAUACAAUUAAAAGCACAAAUUGAAUCGCAAGAUGACGUACCCUACUUUACUGACUGCACCUUAUCGUUUUGUGUUGUUGUUUUCUGUAAAAUGAUUUAUUAUCACUUAAUAGUGUCAACAGGGCAGGGCAGAUGUGGAAAAUAUACGUGUUCAAAACUAAUUUAACACCAACAAGAUCUGUAGUGAACUUUGUGAUAAAUGUAUACUAAAUGUGAGAAGGGAAAGGAUGCCUCAGUUUGAAAUGAAAUGUUGUCAUAUAUCAAGCUGUCCCUCUAAAUUUGUCACUGUUCAGUAAAUUAGUUUUGUGUUACUGUGGAGUCUGGAGGCAGCUGUCUCCAUGGCAACCUAUCCUCGUCCUAAUUGGGAGCAACAACUUUACUGCGAGACUGAAGCAUCAACCUGCAGCCACUGAUGGUUUUUCUUCUGAGCAUUCAAUAAUUGCUUGCACACAAAGAAAAUCACAGGAAGCAUUGCACUGGAUUUACACAAAUAUUACAUCUGGUAACCAUUGCAUUUUUUUAGACUUUAAAUUAUUUGUGCUUUGCUUACACUGUUUUAUUUCCAUGUUUUAAGCAAGCCACUGAUGAAAUGUUUUUUUUUUUCUGAAUGUGAAUUCAAAGUCAGUGAGUAGUUUUAUUUUAUUGACAAACUGACUGAUCUAUAUAUUUAGACUGAGAGAGAAAUAGAAAGAGAAUCUUUUUUUUUUUUCAGUAAUCUUAUGUUUCUUCUGGGAUUUAGGAGAUAUUAUCAAUAUGCUUUAGGUUAAAAGAUAUGAACCUGUCUUGUAAACACUACUGUACAUGUUCAAAUGGUCAUACACUGCGAAUUACAAUACUAGCUUACUGUAUCAACUGUGCCAAUGUAAGGAGAAAUUCAGACACACUCUGUUAUUAUGAGUACAAUGUUCAAAGAAGGACUUUUCAAGCCUGUUAUUUUUAAUAAAUGGUUGCUGUAGAAAUACUGUAUUUAGACAUGUUGUAAACCACAUACACAAUGCUCCUUUUGUAAAGACAUAUGCUACUAUUAAAAUUUCUGUAAUAACA